GUGAGUGAGUAUGGAGCGAGUGUAGCCGAUAGCCGGGACUGCUUUUUAUACAUGGUGGGGCGCAGCGAUAUAAUUCAUUUGCACCUCUGCCCAGUUUAGCAUUUGUACGUUUUGCCGUAGGUGGCGGAUCUUACAGAGCGGCAGUAUGGCUCAAUAGUGAAUUAAGCGACAUUGGUGUUUGUGAGAGCGAAACUGAAUUAGCACAAUGGUUCUGAGGAGACUGCUCUUUACUCUGCUCAAUAACCCCCAACUGAUAGAGAAACUCUCCGAGUCCCGGCCCAUACGGAGAGCAGCGCAAAUCACUGCCUUCGCUGUCACCAAGGCUCAGCUGAGCGGCAAGGACGCGGCCCAGAGAAUCCUGCGCUCCGACACUGUGCGACAGAUCCGACAGGAGACGAGCAGGGCUGGGCCCCCCCGGGACAUGUGGGAGAUGGGCCGCAAGGCGGAGCGCAUUAAGGACACUUUCCUCAGGGAGUUCCGGACUGGGCUGCAGGAUGCCAAGAAACAGAUCAAAAGGGGAGAAGGGAAAUAAUGAUAAACUGUAGCCGCACACACUGCCCACUUACACACGGAGGCAGCUGGUUACCUUGCCCUGGCACUACAGCAAUAUCCAGGGCCUCCCACAUCAGUUCCAUCACUGGGCGUAGUUACCCAUAGCAACCAGUCAGUGGGUAACUGUUAGCUGCAAACUGAAGUUUGAAAACAAACAUUUGAUUGGAUUUCAUAACUACUACUGCCCUGUGUGGGUAAAUGAGCUAGAAUUUGUCAGCUUGUGACAAGGUGCCUUUUAGAGAAGAUUUCAAAAUAAAUGUAUACAUUUGUGUUUAAAAGCA